GUUCAGCUCAACGCCGAUGGUUUAGACACUGAAAGCGCAGCUCGUUAAGCCGAAAGUAGCGUCUGAAUAAACACAGAAGGCACUGUGUUUUUGUCACCGCCGUUGUCGUUGUACUUUUAAUUCAAUUCCCAUUCCCAUUCCGAUUCCAAUUCCCAUUCCCAAAAGCAAUCCAACUGCAGCUGCAGUCGCGUCAAUGUAGGUAAUCACCUCGCCAGCAAACAAAAACCAAAAAAAAAAAAAAAAAAAACGGAGAACAACCUGCGAUUAAACAACAGAACAAACAAACCAACAAAAUCGAAAGGAGCGUUUUCAGAUUCCCUCCAGCCCGCCAGCAGGAUGUCACCCAAGGACGGCAGCCUGGACGAUGCCAAAUACGCCAAAUACACGGUGAAUCAUGCGCCACCCCCUCCUCCGCCUCCUUCGACGACGACCACGACGAUGGCCCUGUCCACCGGAUUGGAUAAGUCGACGGCCAAGGAGAAGGAGAGCGCCACAAUGACCCCGCCCCCGAAACGCACCUGGCGGGAGAAGAUCCGGCUGGUGGCCAACAACGUCACCGUGGAACCCAUCCUGGCCGCCUACAUCAUGCCCAGCGUGCUCUCGAACCUGGCCACCCAGAAUCUCAACCUGGAGAAGGCCUGUCGCGUGAACAUGGCCUACGGAGAUGAGGUGUGCGAUGCCCUAACCCGCCGCCAGACAGCCAACUACACACUGGAGGAGGAGACGGUGCAGCAGAUGGUGGCGCGGAUGGCCGCCUGGAAGACGGUGAUCCAGUCCCUGUUCCCCUGCCUGCUGAUCCUGUUCUGGGGCUCGUGGAGCGACCGCCACCGCCGGCGGAAGCCGUGCAUCCUGAUCCCGGUGGUGGGCGAGUUCCUGGGCGUGGUGGGCCUCAUGCUGUGCGUCUACUUCGAGAACGCCCCCAUGGAGGCGGCCGCCCUCACGGAGGCCAUCUUCCCCUCCCUCAGCGGCGGCUGGUUCACCAUGCUGAUGGGCGUCUUCAGCUACAUCGCGGACAUCACCACCGAGGAGGACCGCACCCUGAGGAUCGGCAUCCUCAACGUCUGCUUCUCGGUGGGCGUGCCCAUCGGAAUGGCCUUCAGCGGAGUCCUGCUCAAGCAAAUUGGAUUCUACGGCGUUUUCUCGAUCUCGGCGGCCUUCUACGUGAUCGCGUUCGUCUACGGGUUCUUCUUCCUGGAGGAGCCGGUGGCCCGGCCGGAGAAGAGCGGGGAGCAGAAGAGCCUGCUGGCGGACUUCUUCGACAAGGAGCACGUGGUGCAGACGUUCCGGGUGGCCUUCAAGAAGGGCGAGAACCAGCGCCGCAAGCGGGUCAUCCUGCUGAUGAUCGUGGUGAUGGUGAUCAUUGGUCCGCUGCACGGCGAGAUGGCGGUGACGUACCUGUUCACCCGAUUCCGCUUCAACUGGUCGGAGGUGGAGUUCAGCUUCUUCUCCACCUACGCCAUGUUCACCGGCCUGAUCGGCGUGAUCUUCUGCGUGGGCGUGCUCUCGCACAAGCUGAACAUCGACGAUGCCUUGGUGGGUGUCCUGUCCAGCACCUCGAAGAUCCUGUCGUCCUUCGUCUACGCCUUUGCCACGCUUCCGUGGCACAUGUACUUGGGCGGCCUGGUGGAGAUCUUCAAUGGCACCGCCUUCAUUGCAAUGCGAUCGAUUGCCACCAAGCUGGUGUCCAAGGACGAACUGGGCAAGGUCAACUCGCUGUUCGGGGUGGCGGAGGCCCUGAUGCCCAUGGUAUUUGCGCCCAUGUAUACGACCUUGUAUGCCGCCACGCUGCGGGUCCUUCCAGGAGCCUUCUUCCUCCUCGGCGGCGGUCUCACCCUGUUCUCUGUGUUCAUUUUCCUGUGGAUGUACCGCUUCCAGGUGCGACAACGACAAAAACUGGCCUCUCCGGAUGCGGAACGCGCCUCUGUGAAGGAUCCCAAUGGCAAUAUCAACGCCAUCGAGGCUCUGGUUUUGGCCAGCGAGGCCAAGGGCCAGAUGAACGGGAUCGUGGCCAAUGUGAUACACGAGUCCUUGGAGCACGCCGAUCCUCCCGCAGCCACAAACACCGCCGUGACCUCUGUGACCCCUGUGACCUUGCGACCCGACGAACGGGGCAUUGAGAACCCCGCCUUCGUUCAGGAGGAGGUCAAGGUCAAGGUCAAGGAUUGUUAGGCGAGAGAUGAGAACGGGCUCCCGAUCCCCUCCUCAUGUACAUACUCACAUUCCGCUGAGCAAGUUUUUAGGGGUCAGGAGUAGGUCAAACGGUAAAGCGAUUCGAGCCGGAAUCGAAAUGAAACUCUUUUUCUCGGGCCUCGAAUAACAUGGGACUUCUAACGUAUGAAAAUCGAUUCACAAUCCCCACCAAUCUUUUUCCGAAAAGUAGUUGACGGUAUUUUCAAAAGAAAUGAAACAGGCAAUUUUUUUGAGAAAAACGCAGUGAUUUUGACCAACUAUCUAUAGGGAAAAAUACAUAAACAAUGUCGACAUAUUUGAACUCAAUUCAUUAAAAGUUGAAAUCUUAAUUAGUAUUGAUAAAUUAUACUAGUUUGCAAACUGAAUUGUUUUGGUGUUCCAAGGACUAAAACCUUCUGCACAAUUAAAGUUAUUCAGUUAAAACUACAUUGAUUCGACAAACAUAUUCCAGAUGAUAUAGGGUAUAGCUUAAUUUUCAUAAUUGGUAUACCCAAAUAAACUAAGAUGAGUCUCUGCCAAGGAUGUUUUAAUCGAACGAGAUUUCCCGCUUUAUCCUCGAACCUACAGUCCUAUUCCUAUUCACCUAACCAAUGUGUACAAUUACAAAUAUUAUUUUUUUUAUUUAGCAGUAAGUCUCUAAGUGUAUUUUCGUUUUUCGUUGUAAUUAUCUUAUCUUACUCCGAUUUGUUAUUUUUAUAAUUUCUUUUUUUGCAUAGCUGUAAGGAGUAUUAAGAAGAAUUUAAUAAAUGUAACAUUGUCCGAAA